AUGGCGCGCCUCAGUGCCCGCCUCAGCCGCUACUUCUCGCUCGCACCGCGGCGCUCGCGCGGGUCGAGAAUCCACAAGAGCGCGAUCUCGCACCCCAUCGUCGCAGAGGAGGAUACCUGCGCUCUCCUCGCCUCCCCACAGCACUGCGCUUCCCACGCCGACACUCAAAGUCCUACUCAAAGCCCUAUUCAUACUCACACUCGUACGGACGCGCGCCCACACCCUCCAAACAACCCGCCAUUUACGCCCCCCUCGCAAUCGCAAAAACAAGAGCCGCAGCUUACCACACCCCCGCCUAGCAGCGCCCUGGAAGACGCCGCGAUCGACGCCAUCAUCGCGUGCUACGCCGGCAUAUCCGCGUCCUCGCCAACGCCGUCGUCCGUCUAUUCAAGUCCAAGCCCACCUCUGUCCUCGCCGCGGCACGUAAAAGCGCGCCUUGAGCGGCUUAGAGACACGCCGCCUGCGUUGGGCGCGAGGGUGGGGUUUGAUCGCGAGACGGUGUUGUUCGGGCCCGAGCGAGUACCGGGUCUCGAGAGCGGAGAUGUGCUGGGGGCGGGACGGGCGGGAUGGGUGAGGGAUUGGAGAGAGGGGAGGAGGGCGUACGUUGUGCUGUGA